GAGGACGAGAGGAGGAGACGGGGGCGAGGCGAGCGUGUUGCGAGGGGGAGAGAGAGCGCGAGGGGGAGACGCGGGGCUCUUCGCUGUGCCCGGCGCGGUGGUGAGAGCGCGCGCACGUGUCCCGCUGAACGCGCCGCGGGGACUCGAGACGUCUGGGGCAAGAGUGGGGGUGUCGUCCCCCCCCACCUCCUCGGACCCCCUCGCCAUAACCCCCUCCCUCCUCCAGACAACACCACGCUGUCUGGAAUGUAGGAGCUGCCGACACGAACGCGGCGCACGGAAUCUCUCUCCACUCGCUCGCUCGCUCGCUCCUCGCCGCCGCCGCGACCGGCGCCUGGCGAGUCCCGGACGCGUCCCACCGAGGAAUGUAGCGGGCGAAGCGCAGGGACGCGUUUCGCCGGGGCUUUCUCCCCCCCCCCACCACCACCCUUACUGCCUCCAUCCAUCCACGUCCAACAACGUCGUCGUCGCCCUCCUGCCGCCGUUACUACUCACGCGUUGUCUUCCCAACUCUUUAAUGAAAGCACGGGAGAGCGGCGCGGGAGUGAUUCUCCUGCCCUGUGUCUCCACGUAACCGCGUCGGGAAACGCAGCAACAACAACAGCAACAACAGCAACAACAACAACAUCAGCAGCAGCAGCCAGCGACCGAACUUGUCCGUCUGCCACCGUCAUCGACAACAAAGUUUGGGGUUCGCGUCCCCUUGCACGGGGCUGUCAGGGUGACCCCGUGGCGUCGCCGCCUGUAGCCCUGCACGACCACCUUCAACCACCACCACCACAACAUCAACAACCUCGAACCAGCAACCGGCCCUCGUCUCGUUCCUCCACACGAACUCCGGCGCGUUUGUUGUUGUUGGGGGGGGGGGGUGCAGCAGCCAUGGGGGACUGCGGGGAGCCGUGGCCCCCGCUCCCCAGCCACCAGCAGCAGCCGCUGAGCCAGCCGCUGAGCCACCGGCGAGCCGCGGUGGUGGAGAGGCUCCGGCAGCGGAUCGAGCAGUGCCGUCAGCACCACCUGAGCUGUGAGAGCCGCUACGAGCUGAGCUGGGCGCGACAGCGAGAGCGCGAGCGGCGUCACAGCGACGCGCUGCACGCGAGGGCCCGCAGGGGUUCGGUGCCCCAAACCAGGGCACCACCCCUAGGAGGCCCCGCCGGUGCCGGCGUCGGGACCCCGCUGCAAGGAGGAGCGGGGGCAGGGGGCCCCGGGUCGGGCACGGAGUGGAGCGGCGGUUCGGGACCAGCGGGGUCCCCCGCGUCGCUGAGCAGGAAUCAACGAGCGCUAGCGCUCAUCGCGCUGCAGGAGCAGCUGAAGCGGCGCCUGGAGGAGAGCGACUACGGCGACCGCGCCAACGGCUCCUCCUACGACUGCGCCCCGCCGGGCCCCAAGCGCUCGCGCGGUGACGGCGGCGGCGGCGGCGGCCCGCACGGGGCCCACGCGGGGGCCCCGCUGUCCGCCCCCCUCCGGCACCCGCUGCCGCCCCACCCCCAGCACGCCCGGCAGCACUGCGCGCCGCUCCCGGCGCCGUCGCACGGCCGCUACGGCGGCGGCGGCGGCGGCGUCCAGCACUGCGGCACGGCGGUGUCGGUGACCCACUGCGUCACGGGCGACCGCUCGCGCAAAACCAUCCACACCACCGUCACCGUGCUGCAGGACGGCGGCGCCGGCACGGCGCUCAAGGUGGAGCCGCGGGACGGAGCGUUCUGCUCCGUCGACGACGACCUUAAGCGCGGCGGCGCGCCCGGCUGCGGCGUCUCCUCGGAGGUCGACCAGGAGCUGGAGUUCAUCCUCGAGGAGCUGGAGCGGGAGCUGGCCAAGGGCGACACAAAGGAGGCCUUCGAUUUUGGGCGACCGGCGCUCAACGGGGACGACGAGCGGCCGGCGGCCGUGGAGGAGGAGGAGCAUAAACACUUCCUCAAGCUGGAGCACGGCGCCGCCCGGCGCUGCGAAGACAAAGCGGCGGCGGCGGCGGCGGCGCUCGGCACGCUGGUGGUGAAGCGCGAGAUGUCGCCGAGCUGCCACGGCUCCGCCGGCGCCGGGUCGCCCCUCCACGCGCAGGGCCGCACAGCACCGUCUCCCGUCGUGGCCUCGCCGCCCUCGCAGCAGCAGCCCGUGCAGGCGGCGCGCUUCCCCCCGCAGACGGCGCCGCCCGCGCACCACCACGCGCACCACAACCACAUUCAGCAGCAGCAGCAGCAUCAGCAGUUGGGCAUGAACAUGUCGUUUGCGUCCCGUCUACAGGCACCCAUGAACUACCAGGGCGUGCCUCCGUUUCAGCAGCAGGCAGUAGCAAGGCAUGUGCAGCAGCAGCAGCAGCACCAGCAGCAGCAGCAGGGAGUUAAGGGACAGCUGCCGGUACAAGGUGGCCCGUCGUGCGGGUGGCCGCCGUCAGCGCCGGCUCGGGGAGGCCCUCGCUCCUCGCCGGCCUACGACGCCGAUCGGCCCAAGGUGAGCGCCAGCGGCCACGCGAUGGCGCCGUCGCGGCCCGGCCCCACGGGCCACGUGGCGCAGCCGGGACGAGCGAGCCCCUCGCCCGCCGGCCACGCGGCGCAGCCCAACCGCACGCCGCCCGGCGCCGCGAGUCAGGCCAACCACAACCACCACCGGCACCACCACCAGCACCCGCAGCAGCACGCGCAGCACCAGCAGCAGCAGCAGCAGCACCACCUGCCGGUCGCACUCCCCGGCCAGAUGCCCGCGCCUCGCGGGGCCGAGGGCGUGGUGUCGCCGGGCUGCGGGCACCCGCCGGGGCCGCCGGUACCGGUCAACGCGGCCGCCGGCGCCGGCGCCGCCACGCCCCCCUCGCAGGGCGGCCACGCCGCUCCGCUGGGGCACAAGGGCGGCAGCGCCGCCGCAAUCACGCGGCCCCACGAGGCCUGCCCCAACGUGACGGCCGGCGCCCUGUCCUACGGCGACACCAAGCCGCUCACGCACUUUGACCCCGACGGAGAGGAGGCGCGAGGGGCGGCGGCGGCGGCGGCGGCCGCGGCGGCGGCGGCGGCGGGGGGUGGCCCCCCCCCUGCGAUGCCGGGCGCCGUGGCGGCACCGGGGAGCGGAGGGUUCUACCCUCAUGACGCCGGCGCCAGGCAGCCCGCGCGGGCGCGCACGGCGCCCGAGGUGCGCCGCUUGCUGCUGCGCCACGUGCUGGAGCAGGGGGGGCUGGGCGGGGGGGAGCUGGCGGCACGGAUCGGCGCACAGUACCAGCCCGGAGCGCAGGAGAAGGUGGUGGGCGGCCUGAACCUGAAGCCUUCCCCAGGGCCCGGUUUCCCUGGCAAUCGGCUGGCGGCCACCCUGCCCGGCCUCAACGCCACGGAGCAGAAACGCGAGCUCAUCCACCAGCAGUUAAUGGAAAAUCAACAGCUGCACAGGCACCUGACGCGGCCACCCCCGGAAUACAAGGACCAGCCCAUGGCAGUGCCAGCCAACUCAUACCCAGCCACAACCCAGCCCUUCUCAAUGCCCAUCGGUUCUCCAGUGACGCAAAUGUCCCCGGUGCAUUGUCCUGGUGCCAGCCAGCCGCCUCCGCCCGUCUACGCUCUUCCCAACGGCUCUCCACUCCAUCACCACCACCAGCAGCAGCAGCAGCCAAGCAUGAUGGGAAUAGUGCCGCCCCCAUCGCCGGUGGUGGUGGCCACGCAGCAGGGUACCAACAUGUCGGGCCACGGCGUGCGCGCGGUACGGAGUUCCGUCACGCCGGGCGCGCCCGUGCCUGUGCCCGUGCCCGUGCCCGUGCCGGUCCCCGGUCGGCUGGUGCACCCGGCUGAGCCUGCGGCCUUUCGGGGUCAGCGGGCAGCGGCCGGCCACAACGUGUGGGGGCAACAAAACCAGCAAGGGCAGCAGCAUCCUCAGCAGAUUCAACAGCAGCGCUUCCCGCUCCCCAACCAGGCCGUGAACUUUCCGAUUCGGCCGCCGCCCGCACACCUUUCCACGGCACCGCAGGCCGGCCUCGGGCAACUCAAUGCAGCCCCCGGCACCCCGGGGCAGGUGCCCAACUUUCCGCCACUUCAUGGCGAGCAGGGCGGCGGCGGCGGUUUCUUCCGGGUCUCGGGGGGAUGCAGCAACGUGGCGGUGGAGAGCAUGGGGGGGGCGGCAGGCUCGGGCCUCGCCAGUCUCAAUGGAGGUUCCGAUUUUGUGGACUCCCUGCUGAAGGGCAGCGGCGGUGGCGGCGGGGGCAGCGGCAGUGGGGGCAGCAACGAGGACUGGCAGGACCUGGAGGAGAUCCUCGGCCAAAACUAGCGGGGGACCCAGCAUGCUGCCGAGAACACCGAUCUUCCCGGCCGGGCUACACCCCGCGCACGAGGACGGGCCACCUUCCUCGCACCUCCUUGUCUGCGGUGCGACCGAGCGGCGUCCACCCAGCGUUGGGGACUGCCACGUUGGCCGCCUCUGUUGCGGGGUUCAGAAUUUGCAGGAAAAGUGAAAGAGGGGGGUGGGUGGAAAUCGACGACAUUUUAGGUCGUCCUCCACGAACUCGCCGGUAAAAUGUGAAUGUUUCAGGUAUCGCUCUUUCAACUGAGGAAGUGAGCGAGGAUCUUUUGACCCUCGAAACCCAAUCGUGGCCAAGCGAACACUCCGAGCCGCUGCCGUGGCUCUCGCAGAGUCCUCGUCUAACUUACAACAGAUCCAUCCUGCACGGGGCACUCGUGAUCUUUCUCAAAGUAUUCCGGCACCUGCAUCUUUUUCUUUCUUUUACACGUUGGAAUCAAAAACGUUUUUAAUUCCACAUUGUCGUCCCGCGUUGGCUUUGCCCAUUCCACAGUGGUGUUGACGAUGGCCCCCAAUCCGCUGCGAUCGGUUUUAGCUCCGUCACCGCCGCCGUUGAGAGGAGCCAGCAGCCGUGGCCGGCAACGUUAGUAUUACCGCGUGCCUCCUCGGGUAUUAACGCGUCCGUGUAAAUAAUAUAGCAGGCUCGUGAUUUUGUUUCUUCGGGGGAACAUAUUUAUUAUUUGUCGUGAAUAAAUGCAAAGCACAACGUCAAACACGACGAUUAUGCGCGGGGAGGGCCUCGUGGCCGCCCCCCGCGCUCGCUACGGCCGCUGCCGCCACCGUCACCAUUUCAUCCGUCACACUCCGCUGCCGGCAUCGUGCCGUCGUGCGCGGGGGGGGGGGGGGGUAAAUGCCUCCCGCACGUGACGGGGAGUGCAUUUAGAUUUUUUUUUUCUUUUUCCUCUGCGACGGCAAGAACAUUGAGAGCGCUCCCGGCGCGGGCCACGGCAACCCCCGGCACUCGCCAAGAAACUCCACUCGGCACUCCACUCUCAGCCCGCACGUCCAGAAACCCUGAAGACGGAUCGCAGCGAAAAGGCCACCCCUAAGGGAGCUUGCAGCGGAUUCCACCUCGUAAUCUCCCGCCCAGGUCUCACGGCACCCAGUUGUAUUACCCCCCACCCCACCCCAUGCCCGUCUCAGCCAAUGGUCACUUGAACAGACCACUGCCGGCGAUUUCACGUGCGUGCGUGCGCUACGCGGCGCGGUUUAAACAGCCGCUCCGGCCCGGCAGACGGAGAGCAUCGUGGGGCGCUUGGCCGGUGCGCAGAGAGAUCCACGAGGGAGUGGAGUUUACCGCGAAGGCUGGCGGCACUGCGGGAGAUGCCGGCCGCUUGUAGCUAAGGGUGAAGGGGUGCUGGCGGGGGAACAUUUCUUGGGGGGGAAGGGAGAUGGGGGGGGGGGAAGGGGGUCCCGGCCCCCCUCUAUGGCUCCUGUUGUCCGCCGCGGGGUCGCCAGCAAUGCAUCGCGCGUACGCUCUCCCGUUCGUUUUUGUACUAAACAGCGAAAUGCUAAAGUGAACUGUUAUUUUAACUCGGAACCUGUACAGUACUACGAUUAGAAGUGUUUUUUAUACCUUUAAAUAGAGCAUCUCUAUCUUAACAUUUACAAUGUAACACUUUGUACACUUUAAUAUAUAAAUAUAUAUUUUUCAAGUGCUCAAUUUUGUAUCAUAUUUAAUAGGUAUCAAUGCUUCCCCCCCCCUGUGCCCCCCGUGUGUCCGCGUCGCGUCUCCUUGCCAGACAUUCCCUGUUGUCGCUCGAACGCUAUGGAAAUGAAUAAAAUAUUACAUUUUA